AUGAAGAGUGUAACAGGAAGGUUAGAGAAUCCAGUAGCUGGUGUAGAAGAUAUCUUUAUAACUGUAUCUUUAGAUAGUCCACUCAUGUCUGACAAGAUAAAAAAAGAACUGAAUCCAAUGAUUAUUAAAAUACAUUCAGCAUCUGAUUUACCAGAUACACCUCUAUCUUAUACAGAAUUAAAAAACAAAUGUCAUCCAGCCUACUGUAAAUACAAAUUUUUUAAACAACCAGAACAUAUUAGUGUUGGAAAGGAACAUGAUAGAACAAUAUAUUGGGAUGAUACUAAUGUUGUUUUAUUGGGUCAUCUAGAGAAAUCUGAAUUACGUGAGUUUUUAAAUGGUCCAGCAUUAGAAAUUGAGGUACAUGAUAGGGACAGAAAGAACCAAGAAAUAAAAUUGAAACCAACAUUAUUUGGUGAUGAUUUAGAAGAUGAAAAGAUUAGUAAUGUUGGAACUGUAGCCAGUAGAAGAACAGUUCAUAAUCCAUUUCAUGGUAGAAACAAACCUUGGGACCCGUAUGGUGUAGCUAAAGUCAGUUUAUCAGAAUUAUUACUAGGUCAUCGUUAUUUACAUCUUAAAAUUCCCAUACAUAACUGUCAGUUACCUGAUGUAUUGGGUAAUAAUUAUAAUAAGAAUGGUCGUAUUGUAGUUGAGACACCAUUACCAGCAGGACACUAUUUACACCAUAAUAGUAUGUUAAAGAUUAAAAUAGAACUAGCUGUACCCUUAGCUACACCAGAUGAUAUUAAAGCUAAACAACAUCUAGAGACAACUUUCGAGUGUCCAUAUGGUCGUAUAGUUUAUAUAUUUAGCUACCAUAAUACAGCAAUAUUAAAUAACUUACAUAAAAUUAUCACCAAUAUUAAUGCUGAAGCUCUAGAAUUAAACAAUAUGCCACAACAUGUUAUCAAUGCUGCUUUAUCAACUUAUAAGUUAUCCUUGGAACAACAAGAAAGUCGUGAAUUAGAUAUAGUAACUGGAUUUCAAGUUAUGGAUGGAACUCAUCAUAUCUUUGUAUUGGAAGGGUUAAGAGAUAGAGCUAUCAAACAAAUCUGGAAUAACGUGAGAAAAGAAGAAAUUUCAGAUAUGAGGAUAUUGUAUAAUUCGGAUAUGAGCUUUAGUCACAGGCUAUACCGAGCGCUGGAUGUGGACAUAUGUCGAGUUAAAUUACAUGAAUCAUUAUCAAUAAUAGCACAACAAUCUUUAUUAUUUGUACGGGAUAUGGUACCUAAAUUAUGUUUUCACGCCUUAGUUAAACUGCAACAAUUAUCUAAUACUGAAAAGUUACGAGAUGCUACAAGGAAUGAUUUAUUUCCUACAGCUGAAAUGAUUAUCUCUAUGAGUAGGGAAUUUGGUGUUCCUUUCACUGCUGAAGAUUUUGAAGAAUUGCGGCCAGAAUCCCAGAUGAAGAAGACGCCACCAAAAGAUUUGAAGCCUAUAAGUGAACUGGGUACAAGUAGAAAUUGGACUCCUAUAGAUCAGUAUAAUCAUGAAUACAUUACAAUGUUAGCUCAGAAAGAAGGUAGACAACUCACAAUAGAUUUUAUACAGGAUAAUAAGGUCUCAGUGGAAAACCAAAGUAGAAGAAAUCGUAAAGAUAAGGAGAGAAAUCAAAGAUUGUCCAUUAGAGCUGAUGUAAAAACAGCUCAUAACUAUAGUUCUCAAACACUUAAUUCUACUGAUUUAGGCAAAGAAAAACUCAGGAAGGCUUUAUCAGCUUAUCCAGAUAAAAGGUAUACAUAUUGCCAAGAUUAUCAUUAUUCUAUGACUGUUGUCCCUGUUAACGUGGAGGAAUUAAAGAAGAUGGAGAAGGAAGAGUCCAAAUCAAGAUGGCAGACAGCUGGAGGCUGGAUAUAUCCUGGUAUGAAACCAGCUUUAGACAAUAAUCAACAUCCUCAACAGUUAAACAAUGCAAGAAGAUUGUCUUUAUCUCAACCAUGGAUUGAAAAUAUUCUUCAUGCCAAUGAAUUAAAAGCACCAUUAAAUAGAGGGAGAUAUCCAUGGGAUUAUCGAGGUUAUGAUUUGAAUCUAUAUCGUCGGCCAUUACCCUACUUUAAUCCUAAUGAUCCAAUAACCAUACAUCUGGCUGGUGACAAACUAUAUGAUGAAACUACUCGAAAUAAACAAGAAGAACAUGAUCUUUGGAGAUCCAAGAUUGUUGUGUCUGAAAUAAAUCCAAGAUUUCACCGUUGCUUGCCUGAAACAGAAAUGACAGAAGCUGGUUUCAAAUCCAGUAACCAGUUGGAUAGACUUCAAGGUCUUCUGAAAGAUACUCCAGAUAAAUAUUCCUUGUCUAAACCAGGACUUAUGAUUAAACCAACACCACCAUUGAACGUGGUACUCAAUCCUCUUGUUGAUUCUCAAGCUAGAUUGGAAGGGAAAGUUAUGGAGCCUGCUUGUCCUAAUGAACAUACAGAUUAUAAUCAAGGUUUUGUUUCUGGGCCAUUUGAACAUCGAAGUUUUAAAUUAGAUAGAAAUGUUAUUCCUGCCUUUAAUUAUAAUCAUAUGAAAUACAACAGAACAAAAGGAAGUGAUUUUAAGUAA